AUGGCGCGUUUUAAAUUCGCGUCCUUCCUGCUUGCCGUCGCCACGCUCUUGUUGGUCGUGUCGGCGGAAGCUCAACUCGGGGGAUUACUUGGCAAUCUUUUGGGUACCGUGACUGGUGUUGUGGCAACGACUGUAUCGUCACUGGUGAAGAUCGUGGACAACCUCUUGUUCGACUCGCACCGGAUCAUCAUUGUCAUGGAUAAGGGUACCAAGCCGGUACUCGAUGCUGUUGCUAACAGCAGUACCGCAGUUUGGACGGAGGCUGAGCGAAUUCAGAACAUCAAAAAUAUCGUCGAUGCGCUCAAGCUGCACGCGCAAGAGUCUCAAGGCCCACUGGUCCAGCUACUUUCGGCAGCGGGGAUUCAGUUCAAAAGUCAUUGGAUCACCAACACAGUCGAAGUAUUGGAUUGCCCGCUUGAGCUCAUUGAGAAAAUUCUCGCUCUGCUGUCGGUGAAGGAGAUUAUCUAUGACCUUAUCAUUACUCUGGAUCCUCCAGAGCCCACAGCCGACUCGACGAGCAACACUGUCACUGCUGGAUGGGGUGCCACUAAAAUCAAGGCGACGAAUGUAUGGGCCUCAGGAAACACCGGUCAGGGCGUGGUUGUCGGCACCAUCGAUACCGGUGUGCGCGGAACUCACGAGACUCUCGCUAGCAACUGGAUCGGGCCGUACGGAUGGUAUGAUCCGGCUCAAAAGACGGCGACCCCGUACGACCCCAAUGGCCACGGAACGCACACGAUGGCCACGAUCGUCGGAGGAAAGGGAACCGGCAUCGCUCCUGGCGCUAAGUGGAUGGCGUGCAAGGCCUGCGAAACGACCUGCACUCUGACUAUGAUAAACACUUGUGCACAGUACAUGCUGUGUCCGACGGACACAAACGGCAACAACUGUAACCCCGCCAAGGCUCCACACAUUGUAAGCAAUAGUUGGGGUACUGGUCAAGGCAUGACCUACUUCCAGCCGAUGCUUGACGCUUGGAACGCCGCUCGCAUCAUUCCAGUCUUCUCGGCUGGCAAUUCGGGCAGUAAAGGGUGCAGUUCAGUUGUGUCCCCGGGUGAUUCAGCCAAGGCCUUCUCUGUUGGAGCUACCGACACUAGCGACGCACUGGGCUCAUUCAGCAGUAUUGGUCCUGCCGUCAAUGGACUUAUCAAGCCCGACUUCAUUGCGCCUGGAGUGAGCAUUCGUUCGGCUUGGAAUGGGAAUAACGCAGAUUAUGUGUCACUCUCGGGGACGAGUAUGGCGGCACCUCAUCUUGCCGGAACAAUCGCGUUGGCUUUGAGUGCACGCCCUGGCUUCUGCUUUGACACGAUGAAGGAGAUUUUGUCGGGUUCGACUGACCGGUCAUUACCGAGGGCUGCCCAGACGUGCGGCACAAUGUCGGACACGGUCUUCCCAAACAACGAGUACGGCUACGGCCGCAUCAACGCUCAGAACGUUGUCAACGCAGCUCUUGCGUAUUAA